AUGUCACGGAUUCUGCUCUUUCUGCUCUUCAUCUUCACAUUGACCGAUCCUGUUUACAAUGAAAAACCUUUUCGUUUCAAAUAUCCCAUUAACAACAUCGUUGUUGGGGGACAAUAUGUGAUAGUCACCACAGAGAAUUGCCUGUACCAAUUGAAUCACGCGCUGUUUCCACUGAAAACAACGGGACCAUUUGGAGAAGAUGAUUCAAUCUGCACAGGGGACAGUGACCAAAAACCAACCUAUUAAAAUAAAAUCUUACUUGUCUACAAUGACACUCUGCUCACUUGCUGGAAUGAGAGAGGAACUUGUAAUGAGCGCCAUGUGGACAACUUUACAACUGUGGAAAAAGCUGGAGAUUGUAUUGUUCCCCUGAACAGGACACAUCCUGCAAGGGGUUUUAUAUACUUUAAAGAAGAUUCCAUUAACUUAUUUGUUGCCAAAUUUCAAAAUAAUGAUGGCUGUGAUAACACUGAAUACAACAUUGCUGUAAGACCAAAAGAUAAAAUAAAUAAGGACUUUACAUUGUGGGAUAAAGCUUUAUUAAAGGCUAGCACACUGGGUCUGAACUAUGUUGAUGCAUUCCAAUGGAAGCACUUGUUUAUCUUUCCUUAUUACCUGUCUGAUUACAGUAGUGCCAGGGUUGUUGUGCUAAAAGAAAAUAACUUGUAUUUGGUUUAUCAUACCCAGUCUAAUCUCAUAUGUGGGAGCAAACCACAAAGAAAGAUCAUUUUAUCCUCAUUUGCAUUUCACACUUCAGACAGUCUCCUCUGGGCUGGAAUAUUUACAACAAACAAUAAAGCAUCCACAGAUAGAACAGCAUUAUGCAUCUAUAAUUUUACGGUUCUGGAGACAGCCAAAACAUCGAUUAAAUAUGAAGACUUUCACGUUGAUUCUCUUCAUUCUGGUACUAUUGAUGAUCUCUUACCAUUACAUGGAACUCCAACACUGACCCACGGAGACCUAACUGCUGUACAUGUAAAAGAAGUGGAAAGGAGACUGGUAUUCUUUCUUGGGACUGAAAAUGGAAAAUUACUUAAGGUUACUUUAAACUCAAACUACACUGCAAACUGUCCAGAAGUGUUGUAUACAUUUCCAGAUGAAGCUCCUAUAUUCCAAACAAUGCACAUUGACCCUGUUAACAUCAACUAUCUAUAUGUUGCCACUAAAAAGGAGAUAAAACGUCUGAAGAUUGCAAAUUGUGAACAAUAUGAAUCGUGCAAUGAUUGCCUGUCAGCAUAUGAUCCGCACUGUGGAUGGUGUCAUUCAAUGAACAGGUGCACCAUGAAGACAGAAUGUGAAUCUACAUCGCUGGGAAAAUGGAGUGGAAUUUCAGAUAAAUAUGGAAAAUGUCUAAUCAAAGUUAUUCCCAAAGAUGGAGAGAUUUCAGUACACAUUGAGAAAAACCCUUCACUGGACAAAGAUGCCUGGAACUGUGAAAUAAGAAAUAAAGAUAAAAGGGAAACCCUUUGUACAGGCAGAAAUGAAACUCCAUCCUUGAACUGUUCCUGCCAGUUUUCUGCACGUAGAACAUUUGAAACAGACACAUUAGCUGUUGUAGCACGGAGUAAUGGCACAACUAUCUCAGAACAAUUCCAAUUUCAGAAGUGCUCACAGUACCUAGAAAACAGUUGCUUAGACUGUAUAUCAAGUGGUUGCUUAUGGUGUAUCAAAACUUCUACAUGUAUGUCUCCACUAAGCCAGUGUGAAAAUAAAGACUUUGCAGAUGAGGACAAAUGCAGAAUCAUUGAAGAAAGAGCAGUACAGAAAUCUUCAUCCCAUGUCAACAUUACAUUUGUGGAAGUUGACAGGGUUACCACAGUAGGAAAGAAAGAUGUCCUUAUUGGUGGUGAAAAUCUGCUAAAUCUGUCAAUGGUAUCUUUAUUUGGUGCCAGCAGUUGCAAACCUCAGGUAAUAAAAGUGUCCCGUCACAUAAAUAAAACUCAUGCCCAGAUCUCUCUGCCACAAAGUCAAAAUGGAGUCAAGAGACUUUGUGUAGAUUUUUAUGGGAAUUGUUACAAAAAUGGUAUUACCUAUCAAUCGGUGUCGUGCUCAGCCAUUGUUCCAAAUACUAUGUGGCUCAGUGGUGGUCGAAAUAUCAGUAUAUCUGGUAGAAAUCUGGACUUGGUAGACAAUAUUGUCAUUUCAAAGAACAUGUACAAAGAUCAAGACAGAAGUAAGUGCUUAGGAAAUGCAUCACAUUGCCAUUUUAUAGCUCCAAAAUUAGGUGAGACCAUACAGAGCUCCUAUGUGAACUUAGCCACUGAAGAAAGUACUGUGAGAUGUGGGGAAUUAAUUUAUAAGGCGGACCCUACUUUCAGUACUUAUCAACUAAAUGAGAAUGAUGCAGAGAUUGAACUAAAAAUAGAGAAAAAAAAGGAUGAACUGAAAAUUCAACCACAUGAAAUUGAAGUCCAACUACACUAUGAGGCAGAGGUACUAAACUGUACAGCCUGGAAUAUAACAGGAUUCACUAAGGAUUAUAUAUAUUGUAAAGCAAAGAAAAGUUUAACUGGGAAAGUUAUGGGCAUACCAUUGUGGGUUGAGGUUAUAUUAGGCAACUUGAAAGUAAGAGUAACAAAUCCAAGCUCUUUCCUAUAUCUUUUCAUUCUCCUGGUUGUUCCACUUCUUGUAAUUGUAGUUAUCGCUGCCAUUUUAAUCACAAGACACAAAUCCAAACAACUGAGCAAGAAACUGGGCAAAGAUAUUGAAGAACUGGAGUGUGAAAUAAGGAAAGAGAUACGUGAAGGUUUUGCAGAACUUCAGACAGAUAAAGAAGAUGUGGCUGAGGAAGCCCUUGGAACUACUCCUUUCUUUGACUACAAACAUUUUGUUCUAAAUAUCUUCUUUCCUGAGUCUGAAAAAAGCAAGCAAGACAUAUUUGAAAAACUGUGUGAUACUAUUCCAUCAACAUUCCAAGCUAGAAAGUCAACGCAAGAUGAGGAAAUAGUAUCCACUAUGAAGACAUUAUUUGAGAACCAAAAUUUUCUAGUUCUGCUUAUCCAUAUCUUGGAAAAACAGAAUGAUUUUACACUAAAGGAUCGAUGUAUGUUUGCAUCCUUCCUGACCAUUAACUUCCACUGUAAUCUACUCUACCUCACUGGGCUACUUGAAAAAUUAACUAAAGAUCUUAUUGAGCUAUCUAGUAACAAACAUCCAAAGCUGAUGCUAAGACGAACAGAGACAGUUGUUGAAAAGUUACUGACCAACUGGAUGUCUACUUGUCUGUAUGGUUUCUUGAGAGAAUAUGUGGGAGAACCUCUGUACGGUCUUGUUUGUACACUAAAUCAGAGGAUACACAAAGGCCCAAUAGAUGCAGUGACAUGUAGUAGUGUGGAGAUAAAUGUGCAAUUUCCAAAAACACCAGAUCAAGAAGGUGAAGAUACUAAGGAGGGCCUUAAAGUAAAUGUAUUGGAUUGUGAUACGAUUGGACAAGUAAAAGAGAAAAUACUUCAGUCUUUCCAGAGUAAAAAAGGAUAUCCUUUAGGGCUUCCUCUUUGUGAUAUUGUUUUAGAGCUUCACCAUGGUCAGACUUUUAAGAAACUCUACGACGUAGAUUCCUCUAAUGUGAUGACAGAAUAUAAUAUCAGAAAGUUGAACACCAUAAAACAUUAUCAGAUUACUAAUGGUGCCACAAUCAACGCUGUUGUGAAAAAAAACGGUGGCAGUUCGCCAAAAUGGGUUAAAAAUCCACAAUUUGUCUUGGACAUAAAAAAGACUGUUUUGUUGGACAUCUGCCUGUCAGUGAUAGCCCAGGCUUUUAUGGAUGGAUUUUCUCUUGCAGAACAUCAACUAGGAAAAUCAGCUCCAACUAACAAACUCCUUUAUGCAAAAGACAUUCCUUUAUUUAAAGAAGAAGUAAAGGCUUACUACAAAGAAAUUCGAGAUGCUCCUCCUUUAUCCUCCACAGAGUUGACUGACUUCUUGACCUCUGAAUCAAAGAAACAUGCCCACGAAUUUAAAGAAGAUGUGGCAGUAAAGGAACUUUUCAAGUACAUUGAGAAAUACUUUCAUGUGAUUACAAGCACCCUGGAAAAGGAGACAGGAUUUGACUCUGAACUGAGGAAGCUCCAGCAACUUACAAAAAUACUUGAGGACAAAAAUAAAUGUGGGUGGGAAUAGUAAUGUAUACUAUUCAGCAUUGAUCCACUGUCUACAUGGACAGACAAUGCUAGUUUGCCCUUAAUAGCACACACAAAGAUAUUUGAAAACAUCUUCUAUCCUCAUAAUGUGAAUGCUGCUCCUGUGGCCCUUGUUUAUUAAUUAUGUGUAGCCACUUUCCCCAUUAGGUUCAAUGAUGAGACUUAGUGCAACUAUCUCCAAGGGAGUCUAUGAGAGUAAUGUAAAGAGAUGAGCCCUGACUGUUCUGGACUUGUGGACAGUAGGUGUGC